UGCCGCCGCCGCCGUCACUGCGCGCGCGCCGCCCAAGUCGAGCAAACAUGGGCACGACGGGGUCUGUCGAACAGCGGAAUGCGAUCAAGGAUGUUAUCUUGAUCAGCGACAGCAGUGCGAAGAAGCGCACCAAGGACGACAUCAUGCGUGUCUUGCAAACGUUUUGCCUCGUGUUUCCGUUCGAUAUGCCUGAGCGAAGAAGACGCACCGACAGCUCGGAAGAGAAUGCGGCCGCCGCGUCCAUGGACGUCAAGGAGAAGCGCUUGUUCGACUCGGUGCACCGCUUGUUGAAGUCCGCCGUCGACAACACGGCGACAAACAACGCUGCCGACGAGUCGGACGUCGUGCUUUUGAUCUUAGACACAUUCAAGCGUCUGCUGCAGUGGCGCGAGCUCCACAAACUCGUCCCCAAGUACUCGAUCAAGCCGUUUCUCACGUGCAUGAUGUGGUCUCCGGCGCUAGCGUCGUCCGUGUUGGACGUGCUCCUCAUGAUGAUAACCCGUCCGACUGGCUUGAAAACGGUGGAAGUCGGCGACAAAAUCGAGAUGCUGAACAAGCGAACGCUUGCCGACGACUUGGGCUUCCAAGUCCUCGGGUCGCUCCUGGCGCAGCACCAUCCGUCGUCCGUCCUUUCGGCACCUUCGUCCGCCGAGCCCAUUCUUGAAGCGUCGCUUCGCAUCUUUCAUUGGACCUACGUCGGCAACAAGCUCACGUCCGAUGCAGUCACGUUAGAUCGAGUACAGAAAUCCGCAUCGACACCAUCAACUUCACCAUGAAAUGCUAGGUGACAGACUCCCUUCUCAAUGCCCGCCUGACCCUCCUGCACUUGGCUCACCACCGCGGCGCGGCAUGUUCCAGCGUGGAACUGUACCCGGCAUCAUCGACCGGACCAUCUUCCUUGCGCCACUUGGCCGCCGAUCUCCUUCUCGAACUGUUCUCCGUCGCUGAUGUGGCCCAGGUAACCGUACUUCAAGACACGGCGCGAGACUGCGGGGCGCUACUGUACAUGAUGUCGUACGCGCUGGACACGGCCCCGGACGAGGUGGGGCAGCACAUGCAGGUGAGUGCGGCCUUCCUUUGCACGCGCCAGGCCGCGGAACGCAGCGGCUAUCGCAACGGAAACGUGACACUGCAUGAACACGGUAGAAUGGCGAGCUGACCGCUGACAAGAUCAUGGACGAGGCUAGUCCUCCCUUGGAAGACGGCAUCGACCGACUCUUCCGGGAGAAAGCGGUCGCGUUGGUCGAGAUGUUCUGCGCUGGAAACAGUCGAUCCAAGGCGGCUGUGUACCGCAUGCUCCCCGUGGAUUUGUUUGUCCCGAUCGAAGACCGGCCGGACCUUGUCUCCAAGUACACACUCGCGUCGAUUCGUAAGAGCACCAAGUCGACGACGUCGUCGAGCCUCCUCCUCGGUCCGUUUCGAUCUGAACCUCGCUUCAACGCGCAGUCGGUCGCGCCGUCGUCGUCCAUGCUGGCGUCUGCGCUGUACACGUCAUCGUCAUCGGUGGCGACCCCCGCCACCCACAUCGAAUUCCAGAGAUGGCUGCACGAUGCGCGCACGCAGGGAGAGACCUGGCAGGAGGUCCUCGUGGCGGCGAGGGACGAACACGUGCGGCCAAACUUGAUUUGGCGGCGCGAAAUGCUGCGCGAGCUGCAACUGGCGCUGCGACGUGAGAUUGCCAGGUUGGAAGCCAAUGUGUUGUCCGCAUCGAGUCGUGCCACCACGUCGCCGCUGCCCCGGUCGUCAUCGACUGCCCUGUCGUCGUCGUCCAUGCAAUUGUGGGAUGCCGAGCAGUUCACGGUGCGAUAUGCGUCGUUUCAGCGCGAGUUGGUCGUCCACGGGUAUUUUCUCGACCCGCUGCUGCCCAAACUGAGCAACUUGAACGACCCGUUCGAAGUGCAGGACCACGUGCUGCUUGCGUGGCAUGUCUUGGACCGAGUCGCCGUCGAAACGAACCCGUUGUGGCGACUGCGCUGCAUCAAGUGCGUGCGGUUGUUGCUGCGGCGGUACGCCAUGACGUUUAACGGGCAAUUGCCGAUGCAGUCGUUGCUCCAGCAACUCCAACGCGCAACGUCGCCCGCCGAUCCACCGACACACGCGUUCGCGACCGAGUGCUUUUGGUUGUUUCACGUGGCGAUUUCGACAUCGCGCACCCGCACCGCCGACAGCCUCGUGACCACGUACGACGCGAUCGUCGCGACCGUCGUGGCGGCGCUCCAUGCAGCGAUUUCCUCGCGCCGUUUUGAAGACACCCGCGCGAGUGACACGGACGGCGAUGAUCGACGCGACGCCGAUCGACAUGACGUCCACCGACUCAUGGUCGAGUCGGGAAACGACGACGACGAUGACGACGUGGACCGAACGAGCGAACACGUGCAUGCGCACCACGCAAGAACGGAUGGCGAGGCCGCGCCGGACGACGGUGGCGUCGAUGCGAUGGUCCGCGCGGGGGUGAAUGUGCUCGCAGUCCUUGUCCAGCGCGCCAAAUCGUACGUUCCACAAGUGCUUGCAGCGCGCGACACGCUGGUGCGCGUAUUUCACACGGUGCUGCGGCCGUCGACGUUGGAAGCGUUGCUUGGACUGGUCGAGCACCUCUUGCCUCACCUGACGAAUGCAGGCGCGACGGCAUGUGGCUCGUUCCUGGAACAAGUGCUGCCCGCCGUCCUCAGCGCGUGCAGCAACCCGUGCAACGCCGGACGCAUGACCCACGCUGCGUCUGCAUUUCUGGCCAAGUACAUCUCGCCGUCGCUGUUUCAAACCACUCUCCGCAACGCGGUCGGCCACGACGGGUGCGGCCUCCACCUCGUCCUCGCCGAUCCGACGGUGCUGGCGGCCAUCUUUAACGCGGAUUCAGUCCAGGCCGCCGACGUGCUGUGGGGCGCGACCCUUCGCCACCGCCUCUUUUCCAGCCUGCACCAGGAGUACUACACCGUGGUCUCGGACGGCGGGCUCUGUCGACGACUGUCCAACACAGUACAAAAGAGCGACAGCGGCGAAUUCUUUGAUGCCCAGCCAGACUCGAGCACCGACCUCGACAUUUGCGUCGGCCACCUCUUUUUGCGCUCGUUUGUCGAGCAGGAAGGGUCGUUUCGAACGACGUGGACCGAUGCCAUGUACCGCACGACCAUCGACGCGCUGCUGCAGCAACUCAUGAAAUCGCGUGGGUCGUUUGUGGCGGCCAACAACGACGUCGACGACCCGAUGGAAGUGCAGGUCCUCGUGCUUCGCGCGCUGCGCUACUUGCUCCCUCGCGGUGGACACAACGUACCGAUGGACGCGCGUGUGUUGGAGGUGCUCCUGAGUCCACUCAAGCGCAGCUUGUUGAGCGAAGUCGACCAGGCACGAGGGGGCGUCGGGCUGCAGUUGCUAGCCCAUGUCAUGACGCCACCAAACGUCAAUGCGUCGCACGCACUCGCGGUCGUCGAGUCGUCGUUUGCGCUGCUACAGGACGUCGUGGACAAGACGCUCCAGCCGCGGUACGUCCAGUUCGUUCGCGAACAAGUGGCGGAUCCGCCCCAGCACCACGUCGACGUUGCCAUGACGCUCGUGACGGCGUUCUUCGAGUUGCUUGUCGUGGUGGCGUCCCAUGACCCCGGAGCGUUCGACCGGCGUCCGUCGUUGUUGUCAAAACUGUUUGCGUACUUGUCGGACGUGCCGUCGUGUCCGCAGCUGGCGUUUGCCGCGUUGCAUUGCGUGUCGCGGCUAUGCCAGGUCUCGUCGGUGCUGCCGCCGAUGGUCCUCGUCGACGGCGGCGGCGUGGUCUUUCUCAGCCACUUGCUCGCCACGACGCCAUCGAGUCCAGAAACGUCGGCGGUCGUGACGGCGGCGGCCACGAUUCUCCAGGCGAAUGCGGCGCUUCUCAACGCUGUUCUUGUCCAGCUCUUCACACCUGGCCUCGUCGAGGUGCUUGCGACGGACGGCCCCGCUGCAUUUGUCGUCCGCUUGCAUUGCGCCGACGACGUCUGGACCGCGCGACUCAUCUGGACCAUUCAGAUGCAGGCGACGUUGAACGAAACGUUGCGGCGCGAGGUUGCAAACGUGGCUGCCGCGGCCAAGGACGCCGCCCGGUGGCCCGUGUGGUUUCUCGACCACUUUGUCGCUGCCGACUCGUACCGCUACCUGUACGCGGACGUCGCCGACGAAGUCGUUGUCGGCGGCGUCUACCUCCGUCUCUUUGUCCAGCAAGACAUCCUGUCGAUGCCACUGACGAAGAUCCACGCCCUCGCAGCCGCAUUCAUCCAAGCACAUGGCGCGCUCACGUCGUCGAUCGAGGGUCUCCGCGCGCGAGGCGGGGCCCCGUCCAAAGUCCAAGAGGCCACACUGGACCACCUCUGUCUCGCCAUCCGCAAGAUCGGGGUUGCGUUCCCUGAGCUCGACCUCGUCGAUUUCGUGGACGAUGGGUUCAGCGACACCGAGAGCGUCGGCGAUGACAUGGCGACCUUUGUCGACAUGAGCCCGACGCACGACGACGACGGCGCCGCCGCCGUCCAGCGCAGCGACAUCGAUACACGGCCCGUCCUCGGCAAGCAAGACUCGAUGCAGCUCGAUGAAAUUGUUGUUUAACUUACAUGAUCGCACACGUCGACGGCUUGUCUGGUUCGUCGGCCGUCAUCGCGGCCGCCACCCGCGCGUACUCGGCUUCCGUGAACAAGUGCUUCUCC